CACCCCAGCCAGGGUGUGUCCCUAGGGGACACUGUCACCCUGCGGUGCCACCUGCCCCGGCCAGCUGCCGUGGUCUGGCUGUACCAGGAUGGACAUUUGAGAUCCAGAAAAAACACGGACAAAGCACAGUCCAUGGUUGAGUUCUCCUUGGGUAGAAUAAAUGCAGAAGAUGCAGAGAAAUACUGGUGCCAGUACCGGGCUUUGGAGCCACCAGGGAUAUCAGAGAAGAGUGACCCUUUGGAGCUGGUGGUGACAGAUCACAGAUACCCCCCACCCGGGAUUUCCCUGAGCCCUGAGGAACACGUGGAGACAGGGACCAAUGUCACCAUCCGCUGCUGGAAGAAGGACUAUGUGGCCGCCUUCCUCCUGCACAAGGACGGGCACUCAGCCCCUAUCCAGCACCAAAACCCCAGUGGUGGGGGCACAGCCACCUUCACCCUCUAUGGGGUGACCCCAGCCGACUCUGGCACCUAUAGGUGCUCCUACCGUAUCAGAGGUUGCUGCUUUCUGUCCUCACCUCUGGGGAAAAGAGUGACACUGAAGGUGACACCCGGACCUGCACACCCAGGUGGCACGGAGCAGCUGCACGGGAACAUGUUGGCAGCAGUGGCGGGGGGCUGUGCUGCCACCCUCGUGUUCAUCCUCGUCCUCAUCAUCUUCCUCCUCCUCGCUGCCCGCAGACGCCGGAUGUGGACAGAUGAGAGCCAUGGUGGGGAACAGCUUACAUUGCUUCCAUCCCCUCUAGGUCUCCCCUAUUGUUUUCUUUCUCCCCUUCCAUCCCCUAUAGAUACCCCAAGUGUCCCUCUGUGCUCCCCAUAAUACCCACACUUAUUCCUUCCAAUUGUUGAUAUAGAUGCCUCCCUCAGAAUGCCCGAGGUCAUGCAUCUCCAGGUCAGUGUCUGUGUCAGCCAACCCCAAAUCCCAAUCUGCCCCUUGGGUCCCCAAGCCCAACUCAGGAACCACAAUCCCUGCCUAUGGGGAGUCCACAAGACACCCAGACCCAUAUGGCUUAGCACAACUUCAUCUGCAACCCCAAAUCCAGCCCAUUGGGGACAUCCAAUCUGCACCAUGGGGGCUCCCCGGGCUCCACAUUUAAGCCCCCAAACACCCUGGUGCCAACUGAGCCCUAAACAGACCCCAGACCCCAUGGCCACCCUCACACUGAGUAACAGGACCCCAACACCUCCCAUGGUCUCCAGUGUCUGACCCCUAGGGACCCCAUAUCUCAGCCCCAAACCCACCCUCUUGGACACUCCCCCUGCAGACUUACACCUUGGCUGUUCCCCACCAAGUACCUUGGGGGUCCCCAUGGUGGC